AUGCCUGGCUGGAAGAACGCUCUCCUCCUAGGGCUGGCCGCCCUCGCCGGCGUUCGUCCUGCUCUCUCGCACGCUCACCAUGACGAAUCCGAAGUGGUGCCCCAAGACAAACGGGAGGAAUUGCUUGAGAAAUGGGAGCAGGAGUGGGGGUUUUCCGGUAUCUCGACCUUUGCUCACAUGCAGGCCGUAAAAUGUCUUAUCGAGCCUGAUGAACGGUACGAUAUUGCUAUCAUCGGGGCUCCCUUUGACACCGCUGUCAGCUACAGACCUGGCGCACGCUUCGGGCCCCGCGCAAUCCGCGCCGCCAGUGCCCGCCAGCUCCCCGGCACCAGCUACAAUACGCGAGCAGGUAUCAACCCGUACAAGUCCUGGGCCACACUGCGCGACUGUGGUGACAUCCCCGUCACCCCGUUCGACAAUGCCCUGGCGGAGCGUCAGAUGUACGAGGCCUUUCUCGAGUUGGGAAGCCGCCCUGCGAAGACCCCGGCCGACUCCAAGUACGGCACCAAGGGCAUCUCCGCCGGCAAGCCCAAGCUCGUCACCCUCGGCGGAGACCACAGCAUCGCCCUCCCGGCCCUGCGCGCCCUGUACCAGAUCUACCAGAAGCCGAUCACCGUGCUGCACUUUGACGCUCACCUGGACACGUGGAACCCCGGUCGGUACGCCUCCUACUGGCUGUCGGAGCAGUCCCGUUUCAACCACGGCAGCUUCUUCCACAUCGCCAGCACCGAGGGCCUCAUCUCCAACACGACGUCUGCCCAUGCCGGCAUCCGGACUCGCCUGACGGGCGUUGAUGACGGCGACUACACGAACCCAGGCCCCGAGCAAGGCUUCAUCCGGAUCCACGCGGACGACAUUGACGAGCUGGGUCCUGUGGGAGUGGCGGAGCGCAUUAUCGAGCGCAUCGGUCUCGAUCCGGAGCAGCCUGUGUAUCUGUCGGUGGACAUUGACGUCCUGGACCCGGGCACUGCUCCUGGCACGGGAACUCCGGAGCCCGGCGGCUGGACGACUCGCGAAAUGAUCCGCAUCCUUCGGGGUAUCGAGAAGCUGAACCUGGUCGGCGCAGACAUCGUGGAGGUGAGCCCGAGCUACGACAAUGUGGGUGAGACGACGGCCCUGGCUGCCGCGCAGGUGGCAUUCGAGAUCAUCACGAGCAUGGUCAAGGCCGGUGCCGGCGAGGAUCUCGGUGGAUGGUAUGGCCGGAAAGACGACGCAGAUGUUCUUCAAAGCGGCAAGACCACUGGAGAUGACAGCUCGUCAAAGAAAGACGAACUAUAA